UCUGGGUCGCCGGAGAUGCGGUUCCUGUCUGGGCUGAAAGUUGUGCUCGCCCCGGCGGAGGGCCUCCACAGGUCCGGACGGUCCAUGUAACCCGCGGGGGGGUCGAAGUUCAGCGCGCGUGGAAAUGUGAAAGGAAGGAGGCGAAAAGAGGGCACGACUUCCCCUCACUCUUUAUUUUUCUGUUCUUUCCUUUUUUUCCAAACACACGCGCACUAUUAGAUUGUACACGCUGCGCACACGCACGCGCGGACUGAAGUUACAGUACCCCCCACCACACACACACACACGUACUCAUAAAACACACCCUCCAGAUCUAAGAUUAGACCCUCAGAUAUGUACUCUCCGCUAUGCCUCACACAGGAUGAAUUCCAUCCUUUCAUCGAAGCCCUGCUGCCCCACGUCCGGGCCUUCGCCUACACAUGGUUUAACCUGCAGGCUCGUAAGAGGAAGUACUUCAAGAAGCACGAAAAGCGCAUGUCCAAGGAGGAGGAGCGUGCCGUGAAGGAUGAGCUGCUUAGUGAGAAGCCAGAGGUUAAACAGAAGUGGGCGUCACGCCUCCUGGCCAAGCUACGCAAGGACAUCCGACCCGAGUUUAGGGAGGACUUUGUGCUGACCGUGACGGGGAAGAAGCCGCCGUGCUGUGUGCUGUCCAACCCUGACCAGAAGGGCAAGAUGAGGAGGAUUGACUGCCUGCGGCAGGCGGACAAAGUCUGGAGACUGGACCUGGUCAUGGUGAUUUUAUUCAAAGGGAUUCCUCUAGAGAGCACGGACGGGGAGCGGCUGGUCAAGUCUCCUCAGUGCUCCAACCCCAGCCUGUGCGUCCAGCCACAUCACAUCGGAGUUUCCGUCAAGGAGCUGGAUCUCUACCUGGCCUACUUUGUCCACACAGAAGCCGGCCAAACAGAAAGCCCCAGCCAGGCCAGCGAAUCAGACAUAAAGGAGCAGCCAGAGAACGGUCAUCUGGGUUUCCAGGACAGCUUCGUCACACCUGGAGUUUUCACCGUGGCCGAGCUUGUACGAGUCUCUCAGACGCCCAUCGCAGCCGGUACCGGGCCCAACUUCUCACUGGCUGACCUGGACAGCUCCUCCUACUACAGCAUGAGUCCAGGAUCCAUGAGGAGACCACUGCCUAGCACCUCCUCCUCCAGCUCUGCCAAGAGGAUAAAGUGCAUGGAGGAGGACGUGGACAGUCCUGGGGAGGAGUCCUACUACCCGAACCAAGGCCGGUCUCCGGGCAGCGGCAGCCAGGCCAGCAGCUGGCACGACGUGGAGCCAGGAACGCCGUCCCCUGCCGGCGUUCUCAGGAAGUCAGAGAGGUCUGCUUUCUGCAGCGCUGUGCCUCCACCCAGCAGCACCUCCUCCUCCCCCCGAACGGCUUUCACACACCAUCACCCGCCUCGAGCGAGCCCCCACGCACCCCCCUCCAGCCUCCACUUCUCCUCCUCCCCCAUCCUGCAGCAGCCCGGCUCCUACUUCUCCCACCCAGCCAUCAGGUACCACCCACAGGAGACGCUCAAGGAGUUCGUCCAGCUGGUCUGUCCUGACUCCGCCCAGCAGGCCGGACAGGUGGGCUUCCUCAACCCUAAUGGUAGCUCCCAGGGGAAGGUCCACAACCCCUUCCUGCCAACGCCCAUGCUGCCUCCCCCGCCACCUCCCCCGAUGGCCCGGCCCGUUCCCCUGCCCGUCGACGCCAAGCCACCCUCCACAUCCUCCACUGAGGGGGGAGGCAACUCACCCACCUCACCCACGUACUCCACCCCCACCACAUCUCCAGCCCAGCGGUUUGUCAGCGUCGGACCACGAGACCCCAGCUUUAACAUCCCUCAGCAACCUCAGUGGUACCUGGGAUAAGGACUCUUGAGGCGCCUCGACCCACCUGUACAGAUCGCUGCAGACUCCUCCUUGAGCUUUGACCUUUGAUGCCAGCUGUGACAGAAAGCCCCACCUUACUCAUCCCUGGUCCCC